GUCAAGCUUCUGAUUGGCUCUUCAGCGGACUGGUUGGGGAUUUAGCUCCAGGACAUAUAGAGCGCUGCCGGUGGACAGGUAGUGGCAAUUCUCAGACCUGACUUUCCCCUCAUAAAGACCACUCAGCCUCAACACACGCGCGACAGUAUGUUGUUGCGCGUAGUGAGGCCCGAGCCUACAUCCACGGCGAAGCCUACAACCAAGAGUGAGGGGAAGCGGUUUCGUCAAGAACCAAUCCUCGGCGACUAUGAGUGGGUCAAUGUCAGCGAUGCGGGAACAAUCCGUCCCGAGGGAGAUUUCAAGGGGUCAUCACACGGCCGUGGCACAAAGCACUACAUUCGGUCGGAUCCUUCUGAUUGCAGUGAGAACCCACUUGGUGAUAUGCCCGGUUCUCGACGAUACAGACUUGACUCCUCGUCAGAUUCAGGUGAGUUCCCCGUUCGCCUUUGGGAGUUUCAUCAGCUCACUGGGAUAGAUGAGCAAGACCGACGACCUUCCCGCUCAGACGCAUCAUGUCCAGGCACUAGGGCAAUAUCUGAUAGCCUGCGCUCGCUGAAUUUGGAGAACACUCAGCGAGUCGUCAAAAGCGGGAUGAGUGUUCUUCGCCUGGUCAACUAUGGAGGUUCUCACAGCAAGCUCGAUGAUGCUGUUGGGCAGUUCCAGGCAUCAUUAAACACAGCUGGUCUGGUCUUGGCUGAAAAAGCUGAAUGGGAUGAGAUGGAGGGGACCAGGAGUGCCGACCGGUCUCGCAAGGAUGCUCUGACCAAGAGCCAAAAGGCUCUCAAGGUUGCGCAGUUGGAGAUCGAUAGGCUCACAUCUAUGACCGAGCAUUAUCGAAACCAUGCCGACCGGCUGUGGAGUGAAACCUGUGGCGUAAGCUAUCCACCUCGCACUACGGCUUCUUCUGCUUGAAUCCCCUAGCUUAUUCCUCCUGAAUUGGCGGUCCUUGCUUGUGGGUAUUAGUCAUUGUCU